AUGGACCCGGACACAGUAGACGAUUUCAGAAAUAGAAAUGGUCCAAAUUUAUUACCCUUUUCCCUGCCGAGCUUUAGUGCGCCUUCUCCAGGUUGGGUAGCGCCACCAGCUCCUACCGAUGUGUAUAAUGGGCACAUUUUGAAGGAUUUCAAUCAUCAGGACUCCACCGCUGUAAACAUUCACCAAUUCUGCUCUCGUUGGCCACCCCAUCGGACGCCCAUGACGUACUGUAACUGGAUCUCAGUCAAUCGUGAUACCGUAUCGAAGGCCACUCAGGACGACCGGAUUAAAGCGCUCAAGUCGGAUUUCCAAGCUUUGCUGGAACAUGGAAAUAACUUCGUUACGGUUGACUCCCUUGAUCAAAUCGCAUGCCAAAACCACGUCGUAUCCGGGAAGUGGCUGUUAUUUUCUGAUUCGACAGCGUUGGGCGAACUUUGGGAGAACGUUGUCCGGUUGGUGUGUUUAACCCGCAGGAAGGGGUGCGUCAAGGUAUCCCCUAACAAGGGCUACGACCGCUAUGUCAUCUGCGUCUACGUCGAUGACUAUACGGACCUGGACGACGUAAACGAUUUACGUGACAGCCUGCGGAAGAUUGGCGUCACAUGGCCGAUUGGUUUCAAGAUGGAUGCUUACACCCACCUUGGCAUAUACGGAGGUAAUCCUUGGCAAAUGCGGCCGAAUCGCUACUGGGAAUGA